AUGACCGCAGGCGGGCCUUAUACGGCGCUGGGGUGGGCGCUGCCGCCCUGCGCUACGGCGCGGGCGCCACUCGUGCCGAUUUCGGCCCGGAGCCCUCAGCCGGUGGGGCCGCAGUGUGGCGCGGCGGGAGCAUGCGGGCGCGCACGCGCCGGCGCCCCGCGCCCUGACCCGAUGCGCCCGCGCAGCCCGCGGCGCGCGCCGCUGCUGCUCGCCCUCGCCCUCGCCUGCUCGCUGCAAUGCGCGGCGGGGGCGGGCGUGUUCGAGCUGCAGGUGCUGGAGUUCUCCAACUACCGACUGCAGCUGGCGUCGGGCGCGUGCUGCGGCGGGGCGCCCCCACCCUCCGCGCCGCCCGCUGCUUGCGCGCGCGCCUGCCGCACGCGCUUCGCGCUCUGCCUCAAGGAGUACCAGACGUCGGCGGCGCCGGGCGCCUGCUCGUUCGGCCGCGCCGCCUCGCCCGUGCUCGGCACCGACUCCUUCACGCUCGCCGACCCGCUCUACACGCUGGCGCUGCCCUUCUCCUUCCGCUGGACGAGGUCGUUUACGCUGAUCCUGGAGGCCUACGACGACUCCAACUACACGGAGCCCGAGACGGGGCUGAUCGAGGAGGCGUGGUGGUCAGGCAUAGUGGAGCCGGGCGCGGAGUGGCACGCGCUGCGGCACGCGGGCGCCGCGGCUGCGGUGGCGUACCGAGUGCGCGUUUCGUGCCAGCCCAACUACUACAACACCACAUGCACCACCUUCUGCCGACCGCGAGACGACAAGUUCGGCCACUACCGCUGCUCGCCCUCUGGCGACAAGCGCUGUUUGCCCGGCUGGCAGGGCGACAACUGCGAAAAACCCGUUUGCAAGGAGGGCUGUCACCCGACGCACGGCCGCUGCGACAAGCCGGGGGAGUGCCUAUGUCGGCCGGGCUGGCGCGGCGAGCUGUGCUCCCAGUGCCAGCCAUACCCGGGAUGCAAGCACGGCUACUGCAACGGCUCCUCGUGGGACUGCACCUGCGACACCAACUGGGGCGGCAUCCUGUGCGACCAGGACCUCAACUACUGCGGCACGCACGAACCUUGCCAGCACGGCGGCACGUGCGAGAACACCGCCCCCGACCAGUACCUGUGCACGUGCGCCGAGGGCUUCUCCGGCGCCGACUGCGAGCGCGUGGACAACCCGUGCGCGCCGCAGCCGUGCGCCCACGGCUCGUGCUCUCUGGCGGCGGCGCCGGCGGGCUUCUCGUGCGCGUGCGAGCGCGGCUGGGCGGGCGCGCGCUGCGACGUGGACGUGGACGACUGCGCGUCGGCGCCGUGCCGCAACGGCGCCACCUGCCGCGACCGCCUCGACGGCUUCGUCUGCGAGUGUGCGCCCGGCUGGACCGGACCCACCUGCGUCGAAGACGUGGACGAGUGCGCGGCGGGUGGGACGAGCGCGGCGGCGGAGGCGGGGGGCGGGGUGAGCGCGGACGCCGCCCUGGGCCCGUGCGUGAACGCCGCGGCGUGCAACAACACAGCGGGCGGGUACGCGUGCGCGUGCCUAGCGGGCUGGACGGGCCGCGACUGCGAGCUCAACGUGGACGACUGCACGGGCCAGUGCCUAAACGGUGCCACGUGCAUCGACCUGGUGGACGACUUCCACUGCGCGUGCGCCGCGGGCUGGGCCGGCCGUACGUGCGCGCGCGACGUCGACGACUGCGCGUCGCGCCCCUGCCGCAACGGCGGCGAGUGCGUCGACCUGCUCGACGCGUACCGCUGCAUCUGUCCCGUCGGCUUCUCCGGCACCGAUUGCGAGGACGACCGCGAUCACUGCGCCGGCGCGCCGUGCGCCAACGGCGCGGAGUGCUACACCGCGCAGAGCGACUACUACUGCCGCUGCGCGCCGGGCUGGACCGGCAAGAACUGCACGCUGCGCGCCCUCCGGGACCAGUCUGACGCGUGCUCGCCGAAUCCCUGCCACAACGGCGGGAGCUGCGUCGCCGGCGCCGACGACUACGCCUGCAUCUGUCUCGAAGGCUGGACCGGCGAACGGUGCGGCGUGCGUGAGGAGGCUCGCUGCGAGCCGGCUUGCGGCGGCGGCGGCGCGUGCGUGCGCGAGGGGGGCGGCUCGGCGCGCUGCGCGUGCGAGCCCGGCUGGCUCGGCGCCGCCUGCGACGUACCCGCAUCCCCGCCGGUGUCGCAAGUGCCGCCUCCGACUCAGAUCGCGCUAGCGGCGGGCGGGUGCUCCUGUCUGCACGGCGCGUGCGUGGCGACAGCGGCGGGCGGGUGGGCGUGCGCGUGUCGCGCCGGGUGGGCCGGCGCCCGCUGCGAGAGCGCCGUGGACGGCUGCGCGUCUGCGCCGUGCCGCAACGGCGGGCGGUGUGCGGGCGGCGCGGGCCGCUGGGCGUGCGAGUGCUCGGCGGGCUGGGUCGGCGCCGACUGCUCCGUGCCGAGCUGCGACCCGCCCUGCCCGUCGCCUGCCGUGUGCGCCACCGCGCCCGGCUCGCUCGCCCGCUGCGUGUGCCCCCCGCCCCCGGCUCGACUCGCGAGGAGAUGUCUCGAGCUGGUGGCCGGCCUCGGGGAGGAGAGCGGCGAGAUACCGGACGCCGCCGACGGCGGGCCGGACGGCGACGCGGGGCUCGCGGGCGCCGACUGGCCGGGCGCGUGCGGCGCCGACAACGGCACGUGGUGGUGGGGCUGCAACGCAUGCCGGUGCACGGAUGGCGCACCCGCCUGCACGCGCCUAUGGUGCGGCGCGCCCGACUGCCUGGCGCCAGGCGCGCUGCCAUGUCGGAUCGAAGCGGACGAGGUGUGUGUUCCGGCCCCGGCGUUGUGCCUGCGCGGGCCGUGCGCGCCGUUCGGCGAGUGUCAGCGCGUGGCCGGGCGGCGCCUGGAGGCGGCCGCGCUACCAGCGCCGGAGGCGUGUCGGCCGGGCGCGGGCUCGGCGCCCCCGCCCCGCUGCGCGCGUAUGCAACUGCGUCUGGCGCGCGAGCGGCUGGCGCGAGGUGCCCACGUGGAGCGGGCGUGCGCGGCGCUGCGCCGGGCUCUGGCGGCCGCGCUCGUGGACGCCGCUCCGCCCGCGCCGCCGCUCGCGCUGCUCUGCGACGUCACCCCGGCCGACCCCGACGUCCUAGAUCUGGCCCUGUGGGUCGGUGAGGAGGAGGAGGGCGAGAGCGCCGGCGCGUUGGCGGCGGCGGUGCGCGCGCUCAGCGAGCUGGUGGCACGCCGGCGGCUCGCUCAGCACCCGCUGCUCGGCGCCGCCCUGCGCCUGCGCGUGGAGGCGGGCGCGCGCCCAGGCGCGGCGGCGGCGGCGGACGCGGCGGCCGGCGCGAGCGGCCCGCUGCUUGCACUCGCGGCCGUCGUGCCGCUCCUGCUGCUGGGCGCGGGCGCCGGGGCACUGCUGGUGGUCCGCCGACGCCGAGCCGCCGCCGCCGAGCGCCUGCGCCGCCGCGACGAGGACAAAUCGAACAACUUGCAGAACGAGGAGAACCUGCGGCGGUACGCCAACCCGCUACGCGAGGAGCGGCGCGACGCGGAGCUGCCGCGCGCGCACUCGCUGUACAAGGCGCAGAACGCCGACGCGCGCAACAACACGCCGCCGCGCGACAAGGAGCUGACGAAGCGCGCGCUGCCGCCGCCGGAGCCGCCGCCCGCGCGCCACCCGCCGCCCGAGCGCCUCACCGUGCUCGUGUGACGUCGUAGCCUAGUUAUUUAUUACGUUAGUCUGUUGCGUUUGUAAAUAUGUAUGUGUGUAAAUAUUGUUAAAAGAGAUGACCUAUGUAAUAAUUUUAUGUGAGCUCGGAGGAGAAUUUUUCGAUAGUAAAGGUUGUAAAAAUGAAAAAAAAAGAUCGUUACGAUUAAAAGCCAUAAAAU